AUGGUGGAGUUGCCGCUCACCGGACACAUGUAUAUCUGUACGUUGCCGACGAACACAGUAGUACUCCUCGUCUGGACAGAUGGAUGCCAUUUGGUAAAUAAAAGUAUAUUCUGUUGCUGGGUACCAUUUUGUUUCUUCUUUUUUCUUUCUUUCUUUCCCUUCUUUUUGUUUUAUUACCAAUUUUUCUUUGCAUGUUGCUUUUAUUUUCAUUUUAUUCUUCAUUUCCAUGUUUCUCACUGUAUUUGCUUGUUUGACUGUUUCAUUGUUUCUGUCUUUCUCGUAACCUUUUCCCUGUGUUUCUUUGUUUCUUUCUUUCUCUUGCAAUUUUUCCUUUGUUUCCUUUUUGUUUCUUUCUUUCCCUUACCGUUUUCGCUUUCUUCCUUUUGUUUUUUCUCUUUCUUUCUUUCUUUCUUUCUUUCUUUUUCUUUCUUUCUUUGCUUCUAUCUCUCUGCAUUUGUUUGUUUCUUUCUCAUUCAUUUUCUUUUUUUCUUUCUUUCUUUCUUUCUUUCUUUCCUACUUUCUCACUUUCUUCCUUCUAUUAAUUCAUUCAUUCUUUCUUUCUUUCUUUUUUUCUUUCUCUUACCAUUUUCCUUUUGUUUGUUUCCCCUUUAUUUAUUUAUUUCUCUUAUCUUUUUUUUGCUUUCUUUCUUUUUUCAUUGUAUCUUUCUUUUUCUUUCCUUCUUUUACCAUUGUUGCUUUGUUUGUUUUUCAUAUUUCUUUGUUUCUUUCUACCUCUGUAUUUGUUUGUCUGUUUCCUUCUUUGCUUCUUUCUUUCUUUCUUUCUUGCGACAUUUUUACUUUGUUUGCUUCUUUCUUUCUUUCUUUCUUUCUUUCUUUCUUUCUUUCUUUCUUUGUCAAUAUUUCAAAUGUUUCAUUUCCGAGGUUUUUCACUUACUAUUUCUUCUUUCUUUUUAA